CACACACACACACGCGCGAGUCCUUAGCCCUCUAUGAGAAGAGGAUGAUGCUCGCCUUGUAGCUCGAUCGUCUUGUUUUGCUGAAUCUGCUAACUCAUUUACAUUUCUGCUGGAUAAAUGGAAGUGCUGUAAGGGAAACGCGGAGGAUGGAAGCAUUAGACGCAUGUGAUCCGUACAGCCGCCCGGCGCGCAGGACACAAUGGAUAGUGAGCACUCUGGCUUAUCAUUACGGACUGGACCGCGGCGUGGAGAAUGAGAUCAUAGUCCUCGCCACUGGUCUGGAUCAGUACCUGCAGGAGAUUUUUCACCACCUGGACUGCCAGGGCGACGGUAAGAUCCCCGCCGAGGAUUUCCAGAUCCUGUGUGAAGUCCUGGGGCUGAAUCAGGAGGCCGAGGCGGAGGAGUGCGCGGGGAUUCUGGACAGCUUGCCGAGCGAGUUCACUUUCCGCCAGUUCCACGCCAAACUGUGCGGCUACUUCAGCACCAAGGCUGGCUGCCACUACGAGGACGGGCGGCUGCUGGUGGGCAGAGAGAGCGAGCACAUCGAGACGCAGAUCCGCCUCCGGAGCCCUCUGAGGCGCAGGGACAAGCUGCUCAGCCCGGGCGCAGGGAGGCGCACCAGCGACUCCACGCCUGCAUCCGAUCAGCACGGCUCAGGAUGCAGGCAAGGUUCAUGCACACGCGAGUGUUAUGAGGACAUUGUGGCUUUGGAGGAAGCGGAGGACAGGAUAGCCAAGCUGGAGGAGGAGAACGCAAGUCUUCGGGAGCUGGUGGAGGACAUGCGUGCGGCUCUUCAGAGCAGUGAUGCGCGCUCUCUGGCCCUGCAAGUUGGACUCUGGAAGAGCCAUGUGAAUCACAGGCCAGACAGUGGCUGCUUCGUUGCCCAUCAUAAGCGCAUGGCUCAGAAAUCCACCAGUCAGGGAAGUAUGAAAAGACUUCAGGACUUCUUGACAGAGACAGAACUGGCCCGGAAUUCUGAGCAGCUUGAGGAUGUCCUGCUUCUAAACAAGAAGCUGGAGCAGGAGCUGCGUGUUUCUAGGGAGGCUGUGCUGUUGCUAGAGGAGUGUAACAGAACCCUGAAGAAGGAGCAGGCGGAGAUGAGGAAGAAGGUGGAGGAAGCCAGGGAGGCUCUGCUCAGUGGCUUGGGCAAAGUGAAAGAGCUGGAAGCCAAAGCCAGCCAUGUGCCUGUCCUGCAAAGACACGUGCAGCAGCUGGAGAUGGAACUUCUGUAUUACAGGGCUGAGGUCACCAAAGUGCCUGUGUCUAAAGCAUUCAGCAGCACAGAUGAGCUCCAGUACAGAGGCAACAUUCGAAAGAGCAGCCGAUGUUGUCUGGAUACACAACGAGACCGUGGUUCUCCAACAGGCCAUGCAGAGACCAAUCACGACAACAGUCAGUUGGAGGAGCAGCUCUUCCGCUCGGUGGAGGGUCAGGCAGCGUCAGAUGAAGAGGAGGAGAGGUGGACAGGAGAGCAGCAGAGACAAGUGGACGAGGUGAAGAGGAUUCUCACCAGGCUUUCCUGCUGUGGAGACAGGUGUGAUGAGAGAGCUCUGAAGAAGCUGCUGUCUCACUGGGGCGAGUCGUGGGCAGAGGAGAGCCACACUGCUGUUCUGCAGCUGUUGGAACGAGUGACUCGUCUCCACAAACAGCUGGAGCUGAGGGAGAGCCAGGCCUGGAGAUCUGAGACUGACCCCGAGCAGGUGAAGGACUCAUUAGUGCAGGAGCUACAGCAGAAGGCUGAGGAGACAGAGCUCCUCCACAGAGAGCUGCAGAUGCUGGAGACAGAGAGGGUGCGUUUGUCGUUGGUUGAGGAAAAGCUUAUGGAUGUGCUGCAGCUCCUCCAGCAGCUCAGAGAUCUGAACGUCUCAAGGAGGUCCCUGGGGAAGAUCUUACUGAGUACGCUGGAGUCUUGCAGUGAUCCCCAUCAUGGGAAGGCUCAUAUUCUGGAGGUGCUGAAUGCUCUUUGUCAUGAACUGGCUGCAUGUGAGAUCCUCUCAAGCAGUGGCACAUCAGAGAACCCACAGAGUCACUCAUCCCUCACUAACUCACUUCUUAUCUCCUGCUGAGCAGCGGGCCAAACCGUGGAGGAGGACUUUCUGCAGAGACGCAUUCCUCUGUGCUCUCUGUGUUUACUCUUUUGUAAUUUAGUGUUUAUAUUUUUGUGUUAUGAGUUUGUUUUCUCGCUGUACAUGAAGAGAUGUUUCAUGAAGUAAGGGCUCACAGUUACCCAGAUAAGCCAUGCCAGACUUGGCUUAAGGUAUUAAGCUAACCCAGAUAUCCUUGUCUGUGAAAUGAAUAAUUUACUAAUACGUUUAAUAGAGGGUGGCAUGGUGAUGCAGAGUGGAGCAUUGCCACCUUACAGCUCCAGGGUUCGAUCCUGAGCUUGUGUUACUGUCCUUGUGGAGUUUCUAUAGAUGUUCUCCCUGUGUCAGUGUGGGUUUCCUCUGGGUUCUCAGGUUUCCUCCCAGAAACAUGCUAGUAGGUGAUUUCCCUGCCUCAUGCCCAGUGUUCCCGGGAUAGGGUCCGGAUCCUCCAUGAUCCGACCAGGAUAAAGCAGUAAUGGAAAAUUAGUUAAUUAAUUUAAAGCUAGUUUCUUGACCAAGUUACUCAAAAGACAUCAGACUUCAUGAACCAGUGCCACAGAAACGUUAUAUUAUUUUGUUAUUAUUGUUAUAGAAAUGUUAUAUUAUGAUGUUAUUAUUGUUAUAGAAACAUUAUAAUAUGAUGUUAUUAUUGUUAUAGAAAUGUUAUAUUAUUAGGUUAUUAUUGUUAUAGAAAUAUUAUACUAUGAUGUUAUUAUUGUUAUAGAAAUGUUAUAUUAUUAGGUUAUUAUUGUUAUAGAAAUAUUAUACUAUAAUGCUAUUAUUGUUAUAUGUUAUAUCAUUAUGCUAUUAUUGUUAUAGAAAUGUUGUAUUAUUAGGUUAUUAUCUGACCACAGUUAAGGGAGGUCAAAAGAAAAAAACACUCAGGUAUGUUUUCACCUGUUUGAUUUACACUCCACCCCCCUGCUAUUGAAAUACAAACUGAGUGAGGGACAGGAAAGUAUCUGUCAGCAGUAUCUUACUGUACAUAUGCAGUCAACUCCCGAAUUAUUGGCAUCCUAAAAGAAAAUGAGCAACCAUGAACAAAAUCAAUAGUUAUGUAAUAGUUUUUAAUUAGACUUCAGGUGUGCAGAUUGAAAUGGCCAUUUGUGUUGAAACCAUUUUCAUGUUGAUUUAGAUCAUUUGUAAUCAUUAGCUUGUUGAUUAUCUUGUGUGCUGUCGAUCCAAUGACAUUUAAGUUCAGGUGCUUCAUUUUGUGAGUUGCUCUCAGGAAGGCUUUCAACUCUUUCGGUUUCUGCCUUUCUUCUCUCAGCAUCCUCCUCACUCUUUCACCAUUCCUUAAAAAUGUUCCAAAACUGCUUAAAACCUUAAAACCUUAAAAACUGCUCCAGACAUGAAGCUUUUUAUUAUUGCUCUCUGCUUAUGAUCCAUGAUGUGGGGUGUGCAGAUGAGCUGAUUGUUUAAGUUCAUGAUCUGUCUCUAGUACUGGAAAAGUUGUUUUUUUCGCAGUGGCCAUGGAUGAUUAACAUACUGUUUAUUAUACUCCUGUUUCGUCAAAGGCAACACUGUGUUUGCUGAGAGUAACAAUACAGAAAACAUGGAAUUAUUUUUAAUAAUGACUAUGCAUUUAUUUUAAAUAUUCUUUAGGUUUGUCAAUCCUUUUGCCAUGUUUUUCAGAGCAAAUAUUUUUUUUUAAACUUAAAACUCAUUUUUAAGAGAAUUACUUUUGCUUUAGUGGAAAAUUGGAAACAUUCUGUAUAAUUUUUCUGUGUAUUUUGUAAGUUUUUACAAAUUUUCUUUUUGAAGGGUGCCAAUAAUUCUGGAGUUGAUGGAAUGUGUGUAUUGUGUCAAAGCUGCAUUUUUGCCAUUUAACUUUGAAACUACUUUUAGCACUUUUUAAAGCAUACAAUUGUUUGUUUUAAUCUUUUCUGAGUGACAUUCACACAUCAGUAAAUAAAUGUGUGAAAGAUGUAGCAAUAAGCAUCAUGCUUAGAGGUACAGGAGCACAUAACCUCACGUUUAUGGGCAUUAUUUGUUGUAUAGUAUGAGUUACAUGAUGGUUAUCACAAUACUGAAUCUGAAAAUAAAGAAAAUAUUUGGAACUAUAAUUAAGAUACCAUUACAGACUCCUUCAUAUGUGUGAUGGUUAUUUUUAUUAAUUUUUUCCCACCAUUAUCUGCAGAUUUAAAAAAAAAAAAAAAAAAAAAAAAAUCACACACAACACACAUGGAGCUAAUCAUAUGAUAGUUUAUAUACACUUGUGUUUCAAACAUAGAUACAUAUUAAUUUCAUUCUUUUGGUUUGAAAACAUCUAAAAAGACUUUUUUUUCUACUUUAAAUAAAGAAAUAAUUAACAAAUCUAAUAGC